GUGGAUGAUAAGAAAUGGCAAAAGGGACAAAAAUCCUUUACGUAGAAAGUAGGGCUAGCUUUAGCUAAAUAUUUGCAAUAAAAAAAUUCAGUGGCGUAAUAAUUGAAGUGGAACAUAAACCAUUGUUAUAUGUGACGCCCAACAUCAGGUGUGGAGAAUAUGGCAGAACUGCUGUAUCCUGAUAUCUGAUCUUUGCGCCAGUUUCAACUGUACCGUGCUUCCACUUAUGGACAGAAUUUGAUGAGCCUUUGUCUGCAGCAUUUUACUUAUCCAUAAGCAUGGAUUCUAAAUGCUCAAGCUCUACCACACAGGUGAGUUUUGUGUGCCAGCGCUGCAGCCAGCCAUUGAAACUGGACACCUCUUUUAAUGUCUUGGACAGGAACACCACUCAGGAGCUCACAACCCCUUUAGUUACUGUAACCCCCAUCAAACAAGAUGAAAACAGCGAAGGAGGGCACGGUAUAUCUGAGGAAGCCUUUGCUGAAAGAAGACAAGAUGCUGUAUCUAGAAGAUACAUUCCUCCAGCUAGAAUGACAUCUACGGAAAGUGCAAAUAGCUUUACGUUGAUUGGUGAGGCAUCAGAUGGAGGUACUAUGGAAAAUUUAAGUCGGAAAUUAAAGGUCACGAGUGACCUGUUUGACAUUAUGUCAGGUCAGACUGAUCUGGACCACCCUCUUUGUGAAGAAUGCACAGACACAUUGCUGGAUCAGCUUGACACACAACUUAAUAUUACAGAGAAUGAAUGCCAGAAUUACAGACACUGUUUAGAGAUCCUGGAACAGAUACAAAAAGAAGAUGCAGAGAAAUUGCAAGAACAACUCUGGGCGCUCACUGUAGAAGAAGAUUGUCUGAUCCAAGAACUGGAGCAAAUUGAGAAUGAGAGGAAGAAAGGUGCUGAUGAACUAGCAAAGGUUCGAGAGGCGGCAGAGUUACUGGAGCAGGAAGAAGCUCAAUAUCAGCGGGAAUACAGCGAGUUUAAGAGGCAGCAACUGGAUUUAGACGAUGAAUUGAAAAGCACUGACAACCAGAUGAGAUAUGCACAGCUUCAGCUAGACGGACUCAAGAAAGCUAAUGUGUUUAAUGCAACUUUCCAUAUAUGGCAUAGUGGCCAGUUUGGCACAAUUAACAACUUCAGGCUGGGACGCCUUCCAAGUGUACCUGUAGAGUGGAAUGAGAUUAAUGCAGCUUGGGGACAGACUGUUUUAUUGCUGCAUGCACUAGCCAACAAAAUGGGUCUGAAGUUUCAAAGGUGAG